CAAAGACAGAGGACUACCAGAGCAUGGCAACGACAGAGACAGCGGGUGAGACCGCAGCUGGGACAGGCAAGACGAGGCCAGCAGAGGAGAGUCCGCUGGCGCUGUUCGACAACGAGACGCUGGCGCAGUUUGCCGAGCUCGGCAUGGGUGAGCUGCCGGCGUCGGCCAAGGUGCUUGGUACGGCGGACGGAUGGACGACAGUGAUGGCGGUGGAUGUGCUGGAAGCGCUGACACUGCGGGCGUGCAUUGAGCUGCGAUUUGGCCGGCACGAUGCCGCGGCGCGGAUUGUCCAUCAGGCCAUGAUUGUGCAGUACGGGCUGAAGAUGGUCGACGACGCGGCCGAGAUCGCCCCGGCGACGCCGCAGUCAGCACUGACGCUGGCGCUGGAGGCGGUUGCCCGCGACGCAGCAAAGCCGCUGGCUGCCCUGGCUGACGACGCGUCCAACGUCGAUAGACUCCAGGCGCUCGCUGCGGUCUCGCCCUUCCACGCCGAUGUGCUCGAGACGUACACCCGUAUUGCUGCAGACGUCGAGGCGCUCGAAGGCGAGACGCCUGCUCUCUCUGAGGAUGAACUGCAGCAGAUGGCCGAGCUGGAGAAAGAUCCGCAGUUUGUCGAGCUGCGGACGGUCCUGCUCUCACUGCCGGCCACGCUGCGCGACGCCAUCCUGGCUGAGGACCUUGACAAAGUCCAGGCUGUGCUAGACGAGUACGACGAGGGCGAGCGUGACGAACUCAUUGCAAAGUGUACUGCCGUCGGCCUCCUCGAGCCGUCGAUGGCCUACACUCUCAUCCGUCCCAUCGUCGACUGCUGUGGUGGCUCGAGGCUCCGAGCCCAGAUCGGCCUCUGCCUCGUCCUCAUCAUUCUUGUCCUUAUCGGCCUCUUUGUUCCCUCAGUCUACACAAACUUUUCUGACUGGGUUAACAGGCUUGUUGGUCUCGCUCCACCGUCUUCUACCCACAGUGAACUCUAAAGAAAAC